GAUCCUCAUCAAAACUCGAACCAAAGCAUUCUCACAUAUCUUCCUCCAUUCUUCUUCUCCUCCUCCUCCUCAUCAUAACCAGCCAUGGCUUCUUCUGGGAGGUCCAUCCUCGAAACUUUCCUUCUGGUUCUCACAUUCUCAAGCAUGAUGAUGAGUUCCAGCAUAGAAGCUCGUCGUCUUCUUCAAACAACACAGCCUUCGAUGCCAAACAUUCCUGGAAUUCCAAGUAACUUGCCAAAACCUACAGGAUUUCCACCUUUGCCUUCAAUCCCAAUGAAUAACAUUCCGCCUUUGCCCACAAAUCUCCCAAAUAUGCCAAAACCCAAUGCACUUCCUCCUCUUCCUUCUAUGCCUCAGAUUCCAACAGUCCCACAGGUCACACUUCCUCCAUUGCCUAACAUUCCCUCUAUUCCCAAAAUCGCAAACAUUAUGCCCUCCAUCUCAUUCCUUUCUCCUCCUCCUUCUAAUUAAUCUCAGAACGUGGUCAUGUUAUUAAUUAGUAUCUUCAUUCUGUGUUCGGUUACUUCUUGGUGCGGUCGCAAAACUCAGAAGCAUAUGCCAGCAUAUACUUCCUUUACAUAUAUAUUGGCUUAUUUCUGUAUGUUAUAUGUCUCUCUGUUGUUUUUCUUUUUGAUUUGGUUUGAACUUUGAAAUAGGGUUGCAUCAUUGAUAUAUGAGUCUGUUGUUAUUGAUUGUAAAUAAUUUGUUGUGUUAUAGAUAUAUAAGUAAUAGAUUUUCAUUUAUUAUGCAAUAAUAUAAUGCGGUACUAUG